UGUUUGGGUAAUUUCCAAGCGACAAGUGUGCUCUAGAGAUUGUAAGCAAAUAAUACACAGACUUGCUACUGAAGCUGAAUUCCGCUCAAGUUAUUAGAUCAUAAAAUUAGCUGUUUCUUGCGAAUAGAUCAGUUUUUGAUAAAAUCUUAGAUAUGCCUGACACAGGACAUAUCGAGCAAAUUGGAAAGGAGACCCCCAGUAGGCCGCCAUGGGGACUACAGACGCCAAAGUCGAAGAUAGAAGAUCGAAGAAAUGCUGGAUAUAUGUCAACAUAUGAUCGAAUGUUUCAAGGAUGGAAAGGUUCUCCAGCCAAACCUAUAAGACAAAGCACCGCUCCCCACUUAAAUGAGGGAAUGUGGGUCGACCGGACCAGCUAUAGAGAGACAUUCAGGACACCGCAUUCUUACAGCCGCUACAAUAUCAUACCUGCUUCAGUCAACAGACAUCACAAACCACACCCAUCAAGGCUGGUUUGGCCACUGGAACCAAAUAAGUCAUACAUGAUAUGGAAACCAGAUGCAGAUUUAAUACCAGCCCGGAAAGUCGGCACAGCACCUCCCUCUCUGACUCAGUUUAGCAAGCAAAGAUGGAUGAACACAACAUACAGCGAUUUUUUUCAAGGCCAGCAACAAUUAGACUCAUUUGGAAAUGUUGUGCGAACCGCUGAAGCUGGAGGAAGACGUCCCACUACUGACUACGUUGGGAGCAGAACAGGUUCGAGACCUACAACUAUGGAUGCAGGGCACCAUCUGAAUAAAACAAUUUAUCGGCACGAUUUCAAGGGGGAGUUUGGAAGGCCUUCGACCAUAGACAAACCCCCAGACCGUUCAUGGGCAAACAUACCAUACUGAUUUUUUAUUUUUGGAGGGAAUAUACACUUUGAUGGCAUUUCUUUUUUAAUGCGCAUUAACGAUGUAGAAAUAUUGAAAUUCAGUAGAAAAUAUUGUAAUUAAAGUAUUUUACUUCCGGGCCAGCGCCACUGACCUUACACUGGAGGGGCCGUCUAUGUAAAAUAGGUUUCUUCUACCCCCUCUACCCCCAUUGUGGCAAAUCUUUUGUUUACGAUGUUCUACUCUUGGACUUUAGUUCGAUUUAUUUGUUGUAGUCUUCAUACUUAUCCAUAUAAAUGAUUUGAGAUGGUUUGAAUCUUUUAUUAGUGAAAAGUAAGGAGGAUAUGGCCCACUGCCCCCUGGCCCCUUGGUCUCCUAGCCUCUCUGCGUUGUGGGCCCUGACUUAAACGCGAAGUUGAAAUCUUAAGGGGUAAGUAUAGAAUUUUUUGUCAAGAGGUUUUGCUUUUCAUGUAAUACAUAAAGUUUCUUUGUCUUUUCCUUUUUCAUUUGCACGCUUUAUUUUCUAAAUUCCAAACAUUAUCCCAAGUUGCACUUCAUCUAAUUUUCAAACAAUUCAUCUUUUAUUUUUCUGAUGCACCAAUCGUUAUGGAACAAAUGUUGUCUAAGAAAAAUCGCUGUUUAAGACAAAUUUCAUACGCUGUUUCGUAA